UCCAACUGUUUACAUAGUAUUAUCAGCUUCUGUUUUGCAAAAAAAGGUGGAUCGAAGGCAUGGGAAACGUCCGCUUCCAUCCGAAACAUCGGAGGAGCAAAGCAAAUCAGCAGCAUCUCCAUGGCCUGAACUAUCGGACAUGACGGCCGUGGUCACUGCUCUUACUCGAGUGAUGGGAACCGAUGAACAGCAGCAGCAGCAUAGCUUCCCACAAUCAUCACCGGCACCCUCAUCAGCGCCACAAUCUGCAGUUCGAGAUCAAGAAAGCACAAGGAAAAGACAUUACAGAGGAGUGAGGCAAAGGCCAUGGGGAAAAUGGGCAGCUGAAAUCCGUGACCCGAAGAAAGCAGCCCGAGUAUGGCUUGGCACUUUUGACACAGCUGAAGAUGCAGCCCUUGCUUAUGAUAGAGCUGCUCUCAAGUUCAAAGGCACCAAGGCAAAGCUAAAUUUUCCUGGACGAGUCCAAGGGAACCGAGAGGUGAGCCAUUUAACCGGUCCUGGUGAUUCAAGCACGGUCCGUUCCGAACAAAAUCCUACACCGGUGGUAGUCGAACCUUCAUCAUGGUUGACUAAGGAUUCAUACCCUCACUUGUUUCAGUAUGCUCAGCUGCUUUCAAGUAGUAAUGAUGCUGAUAUCUCGUAUUACACCUCAAAUCUCUUCAACUUCAAUCAAGAAUCUUUAUCUCCUCAAUUCUCUUCAAUGUCAGCAUCAUCCACAUUACCAUCACAGUACUACCAGCCGGACCUUACAAGAUUGUCGACCAAUUACGAUGGCUCUUCGAGUCCUGAUUAUUAUCAUCCUCAGCAACACGGCAAGGACUUCGAUCCGAAUAACAGAAGCGAGUAGACAAAUUUAGCUUCUCAAGUUUUUCAAGAGGGAAAUUGCAGCAAGCAAGGAAAAAAGUACACCCCAUUCAGAGUCCCUCGCUCCCGAUCUCUAUGCUCUUACUAAUUAAUUUUUCUUUUAUUCUUGUCACAUGCAUGAUUUCAACUGGUGCCACCCUUUGUAAAAGAAAUAAAUAUGUACACUGUAAUUCAGAGAUACGAAUAGGAAGUGGGAGUAUGAUUCAUGUUUCUAUGAGCACCAUAAGUUUCAAGUUUUAUGAUUUGUUUUCUUCUAU